AUGAGACUUCACGAGAAUGACACUCGAGACCCGUCCACCACGCUAGAGAAUGGCCAGCCUCACCGUGGUCAAUCUCAAGCUCCAGCACCAAUCAAUUCUGUUACUGGAGCACCUGCCUUACGUCAGAGCAAUCCCCUUGGACAGCCAACCUUCUCUGAGCCUCCCAAUUUCUUCGAAUCCGACAACCUACUCGAAUGGCUCAUGUCCGAUAUUAAUGGAGCUUCUAUUGUCCCACUUCCACUGAUAGACUUCCCUGGAAGCUCAAAUACAACUGACAACUUGCACUUCCCUGUCUCUGCAGACAUGGAAGCGCAAGUUGCACAACCGACUCAGGGUCCUGGAAACAUGGCAUUGGACCAGAUCUACAAACUGAUUGACGACUUGUCAAGGAAGCUGAAUUCGGAUGUUCAUCACUCUGGAUUUACGUCUGCUUUCCUGGAUGCUUCUCUUCAUGAAUUUUUCAAAAGAGUGUCUCCGAGUUUUCCUGUCAUCCAUGAGCAGACCUUUUCACUUCAGAGAUCAAUACCACCAUUGCUCCUCAAUAUGGUCGCCUUGGGUUCACUAUUUGUCUGUGAAUCAGGCGCCGUAGAGAAAGGCGAAAUGCUUUGGAGAUUGGGACAUACGGCAGUUGCUACAUCCUGGCAGACCUUGAUUGAGAUUCGGGGACUGUGGGAUGCUUGUGAUGGAGUUCAGCUCGUUUUAACCGCUCUCCUGGGACAGACAUACGCAUUGUUAUCAAGCAAUGUCAAUAUUCGAACAACUGCAUCGGUUUUUCACGGACUGGGCUUUUACUGGGCAAGAACAUCGGGCAUGUUCUCUGUUCGCGAUGUAGUAUCCGAAGGAAUGCCGAGUAUCGAGUCACCAGAUGCAGAGAAAAACGCUGUUUGGCGAAGCUGGGCCGCUGCAGAAGUUCAACGCCGAGCGAUUUUGGGUCACUAUGUUCUUGAUGGCUUGAUCUCACAAGCGUCUGGCUCUCCAGCUAGUGCGCGACACCUGAUUAAUAGUCUCGAAACCACCUGUUCGGAGACUGUCUUUGCUGCGGAAACUGCCGACGAAUGGAUUUCUGAAAUGAUGCGGUCGACGUCAGUCCGAAUACCCGUGUCUGAGGCAUUUUCUCGCGUUUUCUCCUCAGGGUAUACUACAAUGCCAUUGCAGCUUUCGCAAUUCUCAAUAUUUGUUAUUAUCGAGGGACUUCAGUCUCUGAUUUCUGAUCUUCACGAGGUUCGAGGUGUAGUCUUUGGCACUGUUUCUCAGCAACAAGUCAUCAGAGCCUUGCUCAACAUCUAUGAAGGUAACAUAGCAUCCCUUUCACCGUCCCCAAACAUCCAUCAUCUGCAGAUUCUCAUCAGGUGGCAUUGUGUUCUUAUCGAAAUGACGGCACCUUCAAUAUCAAUCUACCGGUGGCUCUGCAAUCGAUACCAGCUACCGCAGAUGCUUGGCGGGAUCCACGCCAAAGGCAGUGCUGAUCAUCUUGAUCUGACACACUGGACUCGACGAGCAGAUUGCUACCGUGCUGUGUUACAUGCAAUAGCAAUCACUCGUCUUUUGAACGACCUUCCACUUAGCCAAGCUUACACGAUGCAUAUACCCACUGCUGUGUUCACAUCUGCAAUGGUGAUGGCAAUCAUCUGUCUGUUAAGCCAAAGCAUGAUCAGAAUCCCCGCAAAAUACAACUGGUUAGAUGUAUGGUCUCGUCAGCUGAUUGAAAACGAAGUUGAAGAAUUUCCACUCCAGAGUCCAAGCAUGGAGGAUCUUUUCAAAGAGUUGACCUGUGAUGGAACCGAUACCAUCGUAUCUAUAAAUCUGUUGGAUGAAAUUAAUUCUCUGCAGAUUAUUUUGAGGACUGUUGCAUCAAAAUGGGGGAUUUCAGCUCAGAUGGAGGACAUCAUAGGACGUUUAGCGACACUCGCUCGUGAGCGUCAUGAUCCACCGACGUGA